GUACCCAGAAAUCGAUAGGACGAUGGACGACGACGAUGGAGGAGGUACAAUCUCAUUUUCACCUUUAUUUGAUGUUUUAAUUAUUUUUUGUUGGCAUAGUGCUUUUUUGCUAUCCUCAUUGUUCAGGAAUGAAAAUGGUAUUAUUGUUAGAUUGUGUUGGUGUGAAUGAUAUUGUGUUAGGUGUACACAUUUAUUUGAUGUGUUCAGAUUCUUAGAGAAUGGUAGUGGUAGUAUUUAAGGCAUUUUGAUAGAUUUUUUGUGGGUUGAAUAAGUCAAGUUUCACUUGGUUUUAGUGUGGGGCUAUUUUAUGUGGGGUAAAGUGUUUUCACUGGCAUGUGGGAAUAUUUGCACAUGGUGUUAAAGCAUAUGACAGACACUUUUAUUGGAAAGUUCUAUUAUUUUACUGUUAAAUUUUGUUGUUUUGUUCUUUUCUUGUUGCUAGGUAUGUACUUUAGUGUAAAUAUGCACCAUGGGGGUAAAUGGUUCAUUGACAAUGGUUUGAGAAAGUAUGAGGGUGGCACUGUCACUGAGUUUGACAAGUGUCACAGUAAUAUGUUUAAUAUGAUGGAACUAGAAGGGAUGAUGAUGCAAAUACAGUGGUGCCAUGGUCCUCUGCAUUUCUGGUUUAGGCCUAAAGAUAAACUGUUGAAUGAUGGAUUUGUGCUUAAGGGUGAUAAGGAUUUGCUGAGUAUGUUUGAUGACGUGAGAAGGAAGAGGUAUAGGAAAGUUGAGGUUUAUGUGGAUCUAUUUGGGACUUUUGGAGGGGAUUGUCUUGAAUUGGCAGUUGUUGGUGGCCCUAGUCAGAAGACAACAAUAAAACACUCUACAAUAGCUGGGCCUAAGUUGAAAAGAUGCAUAAUAGAAGAACUCCCUGAUGAUGCAGAUGUUGUUGUUGAUGUUCGAGUAAGUGCCCAACCUGAAGACUAUGUUAUGAGCAAGGCAGCACUUAAGAAUCUUGAGGAGGAACUAGCAGAUUAUUUAGAAGCUAGUAGUGGUGAUUCUGAGCAACAUGUUGAUGAGUUAUUUAUGUACAUGCCAGAUAUUGAAGAAGACAGUGAAGACAAUAGUGUGGAGAAUUUAGACAAUGACUCAAGUGGAGACAGUGACUCUAGUGUACAGAUAUUAGAAAAUGUAGAAGAAAUUGAAGGUAUAUUUGGAGAAGUUGGAUUCACUGCUGAGGAUAACCCAACAGAGGCCCACAUAGAAAAGGCCCAAUCACCAACCAAAAGUCCAACUCAAACCAGGAAAAGGCCAAGGCAAACCCCAACCCUCAGUCCCCCACAAUCCCAAAAAAGGCCAAGGCAAACCCUAACCAACAGUCCACCCCAAACCAGGAAAAGGGUAAGGCAGACCCCAAUCAAAAGUUCACCACAAACCAGAAAGAAACAAGCGCCAACAGUUUCUGAAACCCUACCCCAAUCAGCCACCCAAACCAGAAAACUACCAACCGAAUCCCCAAGUGGAACACCAUCCCAAACACCCAUCCAAACCAGAAAUAGAACACCCCAAACCAGUGACCACUUUGCAACCCAAUCAGGCACCAAAACACCAACCAAAAAACCCUACCAAACACCCAUCCAAACCAGAAAUAGAACACCCCAACCAAUGACCACUUUGCAACCCAAUCAGGCACCAAAACACCAACUAAAAAACCCUCCCAAACACCCAUCCAAACCAGAAAUAAAACACCCCAAACCAGGUCCCAAUUUGCAACCCAACCAGCCACCAAAACACCCAUCCAAACCACCACCAGCACACCCAAAAGCAAUCACCAUCUUGCUUCCCAAUCACCCACCAAAACCCCCACCCAAACCAGAAAAACCCCACCCCAAACCAGAAAAACCCCACCCUAAACCAGAUCCCAAUUCACUUCCAGAUCACCCACCAAAACACCUGCCAAAACCACACCCCAAACCAGAUCAACCACACCCCAAACCAGGUCCAAAACUGCAUCCUAAACACCUCACCAAACCACCAGUAGUAGUGACCAUCUUGCUUCCCAAUCACCCACCAAAACACCUGCCAAAACACCCACCCAAACUAAAAAAACCACACCCCAACCCAGUCACCAAUUUACUUCCCAAUCACCCACCAAAAUACCCACCAAUUUACAUCUGCCUUGUAGCUUGUAAAGCUGGCUUCAAGUUUUGCAGACCAAUUAUUGGGCUGGAUGGGUGCUUCUUGAAAGGCUAUUGCAGAGUUGGAGUAAGUGGAACAAUCCAGUGGGGAAAAAGAUCUUUGACAUCCUAG